UGACAACUUGACAGAUUGCAAGUUAUCAAUAAUAUAUUAAAUCUUAGUAAUUCGUAUAACUUAAUCUAUUUACAUAAACUUAAUAUUGAUAUUACUUCAUGUAAUACUUAAAAAGUUAUAAUGGGACUUUGCAAAUGUCCAAAAAGAAGAGUAACCAAUCAAUUUUGCUUCGAACAUCGUGUAAAUGUUUGUGAAUAUUGUAUGGUGACGAACCACCCGAAGUGUAUUAUACAAUCGUAUCUUCAGUGGUUACAAGAUAGUGAUUAUAAUCCAAUUUGUGAAAUAUGCACAAAAAGUUUAUCUGAAGGAGAGUGUAUACGCUUAACUUGUUAUCAUGUAUUCCAUUGGGAGUGUGCAGAGUCUCGAUACCGCGCAUUACCGCGUACAACGGCGCCGGCUGGAUACCUGUGUCCUUCUUGUGCAACACCUGUCUUUCCUCCACCCAAUCUUGUAUCGCCUGUAGCAGAUGUCCUUAGAGAAAGUUUAGCUGGUGUCAACUGGGCUAGAGCUGGUCUGGGACUCCCCCUGCUUUCAGAAGAUCAAGAUUUGAAGGGGGCAGCUGGUAGACGUAGCCAGUCACCAAAUCAAAAUCAGUUCUUUCAAACAGUUGAGAAUCAAAGAGGGACCCCAGUUGGGGCAAGUGACGAUGAGUCAACUAACAGAUCAGCUGCCAGCACACCACAUUCCAUUGUUCAAAUACCUGAUGACCUUAUCAAUAUGUAUGACAAUACAUCCGUCAAAAGAAAUGAUAGCUUGCAAGGAGGUCAAGCUUCAAGAAAAGGUUUUAAAACCCUAAAUCAGUCUAAACCAUUGCUUAAUUUCGAUCAUGAUGAAAAUAAAUAUAAGCAAAAGUCAACAUUUGCUUGGAUAAGCAGGUGGUGGAAGAACUCUCUACCACCCUCUCGGGUCAGAAGAGCAGGAGGCAUUUAUAAGAGAUAUUGGAUCAUGUUAUUUGUCCUUAUCGCCUUGGUUACAAUUUUAUUGCUUCUUAGCCAUAGAGAUGUUGACAUUGACAGUCCUUUUGGCUCCAUUCAAGAUAGUGACAAGAGAAUACUACAGAAAAACUAAUCAUUGUAUUUAAUUAAAAUAUUGCAAGUAAUUAAUUUAUAUUUAUGAAAUCAAGCAAUCUUUAGUGAUAUAAUUAUAAUUGUUGUCUUCUGUGAAAUCACUAAUAAAAUUGAUUAAAAUAU